UGUAGAGAGAGAGAAUCAUGAGGUUCUGGAGUGGUUCUCUCCUCCUGGGUCUGCUGAUCGUCCUCAACCUUCAGUCCUGUGUGGAGGGACAACAUGGGGCUAAAGGACCAAAAACAUGCUGUUUCAGUUUCUAUCAGAAACGAAUCCCUGCAAGAAAUAUUGUGAAUUAUGAAGAAACGGACUUUGGCUGCCCAAAACCUGCACUGAUUUUUAUCACUCGGAAGGGUAAACGUGUGUGUGUAAACCCGAAACUGGGCUGGGUGCAGCGAGUCAGGGGGAAGAUCGAUUGGAAACCUGUGGAAAGUUCCAACUGAUCCGACUGAAUAAAUCAUCUCUACAUUAAUAACAAAUCAUCUACUUCUUCUGUUUUCUGCUGAGUAAUACUGUUUAUUACUGUUUAUUAAUGAUUAUCACUGAUUAUUAAUGACUUUUACUGUUAAUUACUGAUCAUUUCUGUCUCCUAAUGCAGCAGCACUAUUCUUGAUUAUUAAUAAUUUUUACAGUUUAUUACUGAUAAUUUCUGACACUUACUGCAGCAGCACUUAUCUCUCUUUUUAUUCGUUUUGUGUUUAACCUUCUGAAUGUUUAAUUUACACAAUUGUUUUUCUCCAUUUAUGUUUUAUUAAUAAGUAUUUUGAAAUUAGUUUAGAUAUAACUGCAUAUAAUUCAGUAAUGUGUGGAAUGAGACCCCAGGCUGUGUAGAAUCAGUUCUAGAGUAAAAAUGAGAAGUAUGAUAAUUAGAAAAUGAACUGUAACCUGCAGAAAUAUAAUUCAUGUCCCACAAGAACCCCCGUAUUUACUUAUAUGUAUAUUGUUUCCAAAUGUCAUGAUGAAUAAAAAUGCUCCAGAAAUGAGAAACACUUUGAAUAUAUUUUUUUUAAAUUGUCUUAAAAUGAUUUUACUUUAACCCUUGUGUGGUGUUCAGGUCUGUGGGAACCGUUUUCAUUUUUCAUCAAAUGAUACUAAAAAAAUAUUUUUUCUAACUCAAACUCUUUGGCAUUGGCUCAUUUUUUGUGAAAAACAUAUAUCAAAACACAUUUUCGAUAAACACACACUGCAUGUCAGGUCUUUUGUCUGUCUGCUUCGUAUGUCUGUGUUAUUCUCAGGUCUGUGUUUCAUCUCCAGUGUUUUUCCACUCACCUGUGUUCAUAUGUAGCUCCGCCCCUUCGUCCCAGGUGUUUCCUGUUUCCUGUGUGUGUGCACCUCUAUUUAAGGUCCGUGUUCCAUUUCCCCGGUGUCGAUCCUUGUACGUUUAUCGUCUGUCAGUGCUCCAUGUUUUCCCCAGUUUCCUCAGUCCUGUUUUCCGUAAAUCCCUGUGUAUUUUGUAUUUGUUUUCGUUAAUAAAUCCCUUUUUGUUUGCAUUUG